GCAAGGCAGGUGUAGCCCCGUGGCAGUGACCGGCGUUGGGGUCACUUCCGGUCGCUGCCUUUCUGCUUCCGGGUCCGAAGCUCUCCCCUCCGCCGUCGCUUACGAACAGCCCCGCUGCGCCGCGCCCGCCAUGAGGCUGUACAGCCUGAGCGUGCUUUACAAGGGUGAGGCCCGCGUGCAGCUGCUGAAGGCCGCCUCCGAUGUCUCCACCUUCAACUUCUUCCAGCGGUCCAGCGUGCAGGAAUUCAUGACCUUCACCAGCCAGCUGAUCGUGGAGCGCUCGGAGCUGGGCAGCAGGGCCUCGGUCAAGGAGCAAGACUACCUGUGCCACGUCCACGUGCGCGGUGACGGGCUGGCCGGCGUGGUGAUCGCCGACAACGAAUACCCGUCACGGGUGUGCUUCACUUUGCUGGACAAGGUCCUGGAGGAGUUCUCCAGGCAGGUGAGCAGGGCAGACUGGCCCUCGGGGUCUCCUGCCACCAUCAGCUAUGCAGCUCUGGAUGGAUACCUCAGCAAAUACCAGAACCCCCGUGAUGCCGACCCGAUGACCAGAGUGCAGGCAGAGCUGGACGAGACCAAAAUAAUCCUGCACAACACUAUGGAGUCACUGCUGGAGCGAGGGGAGAAGCUGGACGAUCUGGUGUCCAAAUCUGAGGUGCUCGGCGUGCAGUCCAAAGCCUUCUACAAGACCGCCCGAAAGCAGAACUCGUGCUGUGAGAUUAUGUGACCCGGAGCCGGGGCUCUCCUGCUCCAGCUCACCGGGGCCUUCGCUCCCGUUCGGAUCUCGGCCGCUCCCAGGACUGAAAGCAGAACCCCGCGGGCUCCUGGGCCGCAGCCUUACCCAAAAACUGGACUCAGCGGCCCCUGUGCCGGGGGAGCGCCGUGCCCUGCCAUGACGCCUGUCACACCAGCGAGUGCCUCGGCCGUGGGAUGGGGAGAGAGGAGCCAGGCCCCCCUGCAGGGCCUGGGGCUGUGCGGGGAGCGGGGGGG